AUGGAUGAAAAAGUAUUUUCCAGGGCAAACCCUGUUCAGGGGAAUAUUCAGGAUGUCAAUCAGCAGGUGUGGGUCCUUAGCCAGACCCUCAAAGCAGUCCCAAGGAAGCACCUUAUGGAUCCAGUCACUGUUAGCUUAAUCUCAUGCAAUUAUACGGAGACACUUGAGGACAGAGGGAAUCCCGUCUACCUGGGACUGAAGGAGCCGGAGCUCUGCCUAUUCUGCACGGAGGUCAAGGGGCAGCCCACACUGCAGCUUAAGGAACAGAACAUAAUGGAUCUGUACCACCGAACUGAGCCUGUGAAGCCCUUUCCCUUCUACCAUGACCAGAGCAGCAGUACCUCCACCUUUGAGUCUGUAGCCUUUCCUGGUUGGUUCAUUGCUUCCUGCUCCAAUGGAGGCUGUCCUCUCAUUGUUACCCAAGAACUGGGGAAAGCCUACACCACUAACUUUUGGUUCACUGUACUUCAGGCUUAA